AUGAGACAUUGCCAUCAAGACAGCCACAGGAGACAUCACCAUCAAGACAUCCACAGGAGACAUCACCAUCAAGACAUCUACAGGAGACAUUGCCAUCAAGACAUCUACAGGAGACAUCACCAUCAAGACAUCUACAGGAGACAUCACCAUCAAGACAUCCACAGGAGACCUCACCAUCAAGACAUCCACAGGAGACAUCACCAUCAAGACAUCUACAGGAGACAUCACCAUCAAGACAUCUACAGGAGACAUCACCAUCAAGACAUCCACAGGAGACAUCACCAUCAAGACUUCCAUAGGAGACAUCACCAUCAAGACAUCCACAGGAGACAUCACCAUCAAGACAUCCACAGGAGACAUCACCAUACCAUCAAGACAUCCACAGGAGACAUCACCAUAAAGACAUCCACAGGAGACAUCACCAUCAAGACAUCCACAGGAGACAUCACCAUCAAGACAUCCACAGGAGACAUCACCAUCAAGACAUCCACAGGAGACAUCACCAUCAAGACAUCCAUAGGAGACAUCACCAUCAAGACAUCUACAGGAGACAUCGCCCUCAAGACAUCCACAGGAAACAUCACCAAGACAUCCACAGGAGACAUCACCAUCAAGACAUCCACAGUAGAUAUCUGCAUGUACAAGCCAGCACAAACCUUGACCACAAAAAUGUCAUUAAAAUGUUUUUAA